AUGACGCAAGCAUCGCCAACCAACGAUAUCAACAACGCAGCUUGUGCAGCAUCAUUCCAUCGAUUCUUCGACUUGCCCGGGGAACUGCGCAAUAAAAUCCUGAAGCUUCUGCUCGCGCAUCCUCACGGUGUCAGCAUUGGCAGUAACGGGAGUUUCGUUCGAGCGCCUCCGCGUGAAGGAGACGCCAACGUGGCUGGCGCAAAUCUUGAUGGACACCACGGCCAAACCGUCUUGCCGCUGUCGCUCUUGCUAUCAAAUAGCAAACUUGCAGAUGAGGCCGAGGCCAUAUUCUACACCGAAAACGUCUUUUAUGCCAACGUGAAGACGAGGCGAUCGGCAAAAGAAAACGCACUGUCUGCCAGCUUCACCAUCCCCAAGCCGGAACCAAAAGAGCUGGGCCGCAACCACGGCUACCCGAGCGACAGCGACGAUGACGUCGACUGCCGCUCAAUCAGCACCCGGACGCCUUGCCGUAACCUGAUGGGCAGCGAGGCGCGCUUCAAGAUCCGGAAGUUGGUUCUGAUCGUGCAGAGGUUCGGAGGGUCUCUUGGGGACGAGGUCGUCCCCGCGCUUCAGGAUCUUAUUCUACGGGGGUCGCUGCGCUGGCUCGAGUCCAUCCGUAUCAUGGCAGUCGAGCAGCGUUGCGAUGGGCAGUGCUGGUCCUGUGCAGAAAAGCUUGAAGAGGAGUGA